CUGUAUUGUAACAGACCGUAUUACUGCCCCGCCCCAGCGGAUUCAUGGCUGCUUUUCACUGUUGAGUGGUCUGAUCCCACCCAAUGAUUGAUGGUAAUACCAAUACGAAAGACCCAGCGCACGGUUGAUCGACGGAAAUGUGGGUGCCUGUGUGAGGAGCAGCCACGCCGUGAUAUCAUCGCCAGGCUGAGAGCGGAGGCUGGGUGAAGCUGGGUCGGGUCGUUCUAAGCCAACCGGUGCUUCAGCCUCCUUUUCCGUCGAUUGCUUGGGGCGCGAAAGGCAGUUUCCAUCCACAAUCCAAUGGAUGAUUUGCCCGAGACUUGCACGUGUAUUUUUGGCAUCGCUAGAGAUUCGGAAGCCCUUGUUGCCUGGCCAGUCUCUUGGGGGGGUUGAAUUGCCACGACGACACAUCCUUUACAUUUAUCUACCUCUACCAGGAUACCAACAAUAGUCCUCCACCCCUCCCUACUCGUGAUUAGACUCCUUCAUGGUGCUCCGAAAGCCUCCCCCACCGCGCUUGGAGAACCUUCAUAAGUGGAAUGCUCGUGCAGCUUCCCCGACAUCUCCCUCGACAUCUCCCUCGAAAUCCUCACCUUCGCAGUCCCGGGCCCGCCUGAAUCGAGCUCCUUCCGAGGACCCUAUCUACUCUCCCGAUCUCAAUACCUCCCCGGCAUUUGACCUAAUGCCUCUCGAAGAAGCCCAGAGGUCCCCGGUUGGCUCCCCAGCCAGCCAUCCGCCAAAUCCUUGGACUGAGAGCUUUGGAGACCGGGCCAGUUAUGAGUACCCAGCCACACAAGCACAGUCCUCCUAUCUCACACAUACCGGAGGUGGGAUCGCGGGCUCACAUGCGACGGAGAAUAGCUGGCACCAAGGAGCACUUCCGGCUCCGCCAGGUCAUAAUGGCUCCACUGGAGAGGUUCCCGCGCAAUUACGGUCAAACAACCCAUUUUUGAAGCCACGAACCGCCAAUAUGCGGCAGAACUCGUUAGAUUCCAAUGAUUGGAACGAUCGGCAUUCUCAUACCACCGCCAGUAGUGACCCUCUCAGUCAGACCGAAGGAUACAUCCCUAUGACUGCUCGCCUCUCCUUGUUGAACUCCUCGGAGCAACAAGAGUCCCCGUGGGCUGAUCACGAACAUUCUCACGCCGGCGGAGCUGCCCGCCCGAUCUCGGUGGACCCGCCCCACGAUCCAUCCCCGUGGGGUUCCCAACAUUCGAUCAAGAUAUCGGCACCGCAAGAAAUUUACCUCAAGAAUGGACAAAUCAACCCCUACGCACCAGCUGCAGCGGUAGAGUCCUCUGACAGUCAGGCGGGCGGUUCUUAUGGACUACAACCACCACAUGCGGGGGGUAGACUCGGCUUAGAUGCGGGUAUCAACACCCCUUCUAUGAUUUCGACCGCAACAUCCGCAACGUCACACGAAUUGAUUGAUUUGGAAAUCCCGAGCGGCGCAUUAGGAUCGGAAAGCGGAUUCCAGCAGGGCCAGUCAUCCGUGUACGCCUCUGAUGAGAUCGGAGGAAAAGGCGAAAAGACACAGUUAGACUCCCGAUUACCGACCAGGGACCUUGCCCACGACAGAGCUCCACCGUUGCCGAGCAGAAACCUUUCUCCCGCCGAGGUAGCACGGCAAAAGGAGCAGCGAGCGGAGACCUACUCCAUUCGUCAAAUUAAUUGGACAAAUCGAGAGGGAACUUUACUACAGUCGCCGAUCCUGGUACAGAACAAAAAUGGACCGUGCCCCCUACUUGCUCUCAUCAACGCCCUCGUCUUGCGUGCCGAUCCAAAUUCACAGCCGCCCAUCGUGAGAGCACUGAAAUCUCGCGAGCAAAUUUCACUGGGACUUUUGAUCGAGGCUCUCUUCGAGGAGCUGACGACUUGUCUUGGCCCAGAUGAAGAAUUCCCAGAUAUCGAGGCACUCACUCAGUUUCUCACUAUGCUGCAUACUGGCAUGAACGUGAACCCACGUCUGACAUUGGAAAAUGUGGAAUCUCUUGGUACUUUUCUUCAAACCCCAGACCUUCGCUCGUACAGCACAUUCGGUGUACCUCUCAUUCACGGCUGGCUCGCCUCGUGGUCAGGCCCCGAACAUACCGCCAUGACUCGAAUCGCUCAAUUUCACGAGGAUAUCCAACUAUUACCUUUUCGCAAGCUAGAUCUUGAAGAUCGCAUCAUGCGAGGGGAGUCUUUGACCCAGGAGGAAGAGCAAAUCAUGGCAGACAUUCAGGCUAUUCAAAACUUUGUGGACAUUGAGAACGCAACCCAAUUAAGCCCAUUCGGCUUGACACAGCUAUCGACACGGUUGGCCCCAGGCUCUGUCUCUAUACUCUUCCGCAACGAUCACUUUUCGACUCUCUACAAACACCCCCAAUCUCAUCAGCUCUUCACCCUGGUAACCGAUGCAGGCUAUGCGAACCACGCAGAGGUUGUGUGGGAAUCCCUAGUUGACGUUACUGGCUUCAACUCUGAAUUCCUGGCGGGCGACUUCCGUGCUGUUGGCCACGGUCCCUCCAGCUCGGCGGGCCCAACUAGUCCUGCUGAUCCACACACUUCGAGUGCGGCUGCCCUUGAUGCACCAUCCGACCGGGAGGCCACUCAAGGCCCGUUGACACCGCAGGAACAAAGUGAUGCAGAUUACGCUUACGCCCUCUCACUUCAAUUCCAGGAGGAGGAACAGCGAGAACGUACUGAAAGUCAGCAGAAUGGUGAUACUGGCGCUAGAAGUGGGACUGAAAAUGGCACUGGAAACGGCACUGGUCGUGGUAAUCGCAACUCAGUACCCGUUCGCUUGACCGGACCUGCAGCUCGCAUGGACCAUCCGCCUGCUCGAACCUCUAGCACCGGUCUUAGAACUCGACCACCGCAAGGCAAUGAGGACGCUGGUGAUCCAAAUGCACCUCCCCCUCCCUACGAACACGCAGCCAACGGCCCACGACAAUCCCCUCCUGAUAGAAGGCCGACUUUUGAUGACAUUCAAAUCGACCCGCACAUGGCGAACAACCGGAACUCACGCAAUCGAUACUCGCAGCCGACAUUAAAUACGAACCGGCACAGCUAUGACCGGACCAAAAAUAAAGACUGCAUUAUGAUGUGAAUGGCUGAUCUUCAAGCGAGCAUGUAUUUUUUUGCUUUCCUUUCUACUCUCUCCC